CGGAGAACUAGUAAAGUGAAGCAAGAAUAACGAUCAUUACAUUAAAAAUUUGUUUCGUAUUUUAUGCAUUUUAUUAUAUUAUAUAAAUAUGCAGACUAAUACAGUUUUCAUGUUGGCACUCCUAUUAUUUAGUGGUCAACUGUCCACAUAAGGCAGAAAGCUAAAGGUUCAAUAACAAUUAAAAUGUAUACAUAUGUCUAGAUACAUACAUACAUACAUUAAUUUAACAUUAGAGCUAUUAUUUAAAGAAGAGAAAUGUCAAAACUACUACGGUACGUGAAAUAUAUUUUUGUUUCUACUUAUUUUAUUUACUCUUUAGAAGUUAUUUUAGUGUUGUUACAUAAUUAUAUACGUACGAGUAUAAUCAUGAUAUAAGAUUUUUCUUAUCAAUAGCGAACAUUUAUCUCAUUUUUUAUUCACAAAAAUUCAAGCAAUGCUACCACUCCAAGUAAUUAUUUAUAUUUCAAUAAUUUGGCAUUCGGUAGUAACUUCCAAAGACAUUUAGAAAAUUAUUAAAAUCAAAUAAAACUUCAACAAAUUUUAUAUUUAACCCCGCAGAACGGCAACACUGUACUCUAAUACUCUCUUAAAAGGUCGCAUGUCGCUCUCUUCUGCCGCAAAAUGAGUUUUGAACACCGUUUCAUUGUCAUUUCGUACCGGUCGCGUUUUCAAAUAAGUAGAUACAAUUCCAUACCGCCUACAAAUACACUGAUAUAUGUAACUAUAACUUCUAACAUUUAUUUCGUUUAUUUUGCGCAUUUUUUUUUUUGAUAUAUUUUGAGAAAACCGCCGCUGCUGUUGUCCCAGUUAUGAAUAUGCCGAAUAAAAAUGUUUCUGAUGUAUCACGAGCCUGCAUAAGCACCUACACACGUAUAUAAGUAUGUAUGUAUGAAAGCAAUAUUAUCUGUUGAUUAACCAGAGAACUUAGAACAAUUUCAUUUAUGUUCUCUGUAUUAACUACUUGACUGGAAGCCGGCUUGCUGACUACACAUACACAUAUAGUACUUGCCUGUAUGAUUUCUACCGCCAACGCUCUACAACUGACUGCCGUUGUGGCUGCUGCCGUCGCUGCGGUUCCCGCUUCCGUCGACGGCGGCGUUGCCAUUGAAAUUUAAAUUGAAAACGACGAUGGUUCUCAACUUAAUGGCAGCGAGCUCAUGUCCACACAUUAGUAUCUAAAGAGUUCAGUAGUUGCAGAUACAUCGUCGCUUUCAGUGGUAUCUAAAUGUACGCAAGUUCGGAGGCUUAUACAUAUACAAAUAAACACCGACAUAUACGUUAGUGAGAACGUCCACCAACAACAUAUCCACUUAUGUAUAUAUACCUGUGUAACUGUUACAAUCACCAUUAACCACCCCGACGGUGUAGACGCGCACAACUCAACAGUGACUACCCACCCACCUAAACACUUCAAUUUCCUAACUUACGCUGUUCCAUUUGAGUAGUGUACACGCACGGCAAUGCAGUAACUAGAACAAAAAUAGAGUGUGAUUUUUAUUCAAGUGUUUCGAAUUUCAAGUUCAUAAAUUGUGUGAUUGUGUCCGUGCAGAAUCGAGGCCAAAGCCAUAAAACCAAAAGUGAAAUUAAUUGCAAAGCCCAAAAAGCAUACCGAUAUUCUACAAAUAUUUGUAUAAAUACAUAUAUAAAUAUAUAGUAGUAAAUCAGUGUAAGUGCAUAUCGAUUCCGAAACAUUCAACAUUUCAACGAAACUCUUCCACGAAGCAACCCACAACCGGACAGUAUUAUUUAUUUAGGUUUUUGUUUAAAGUGACACAUCCGGCGUGGCAUCUGGAUUGCGACCUGGCUGUGAAUUAGAACCACAAAAAGAAUACGUGCAUAAUUCUUCCUUUCCUCCAAAGACUGCUCUAAAAGCCGGCGAUAUGAGUCAAAACCCGGACACUACAUUCUUACCGGAUCUUCCAAAAGGACCUUUAUGUAGAUAUCGCAGUCGCGCUAAAUUCGACUGGAAGCAGCUUAAAGUGAUAUUCGAAAGAGAGCAGGACUUGCGCAUAAAGUAUAAAGUAUGGAAGAUACUUGAAAAUGAUCCACUAUUCUCCAAACCACAGUCUACACUAUCUGCCGACGAACAGAAGCAUCUCUGCGCCAUGCAAGUUAACCGCAUGCCACAUUUGAAUCUCAUACCGAAAGAGAUCGAACAGAAGAGUUUCGGUGAAAAAACCAAAUAUUUGAUGAGCAUAAAUGAGGCUUUGCACACAUACUGUCCGAGUUUGUCAGUGAAAAUCGCAUUGGGUGUCGGACUCUUUAACAACGCCAUACGCGCUAUGGGCACAGAAAGACACAUGAAGUACUAUGACGCUGCGUGGAAUCGUGAACUUAUAACGUGUUUGGCCAUUACAGAGCUGGCGCAUGGUAGCAACACGAAGAGUAUUCGUACCACUGCUACAUACGAUCCAAAAACGCAGGAGUUCGUAAUAAAUACGCCAGACUUUGAGGCGGCGAAGUGUUGGGUUGGUAAUUUGGGUAAAACGGCCACGAUUGCGAUGACAUUUGCCAAUUUAUACACGAAUGAUGGUGAAAAUCAUGGGCUCCAUGGUUUUCUAAUACCUAUACGCGACCCGAAAACACUGCAGGCAUAUCCAGGUGUGCUGGUUGGUGAUAUUGGCGAAAAGAUCGGUCUGAAUGGCAUCGACAAUGGCUUUGUACUAUUUUCGAACUAUCGCAUUCCACGUGAAAAUCUCCUGAACCGCACUGGCGAUGUGACACCAGAAGGUGUUUACGAGAGCGUCUUUUCUGAACCCGGUAAGGUGUUGGGUGCUGCUUUAGAGUCUUUUUCGGCGGGUAGAAUUGGCAUUAUGCAGGAGUCAGCGAAUACUCUGGCCAGUGCCGCUGUUAUUGCUGUGCGUUAUGCAGCGCUGAGAAAGCAGUUUGGUCCCGAGAAAGAUGGACCGGAAGUGCCGAUAAUUGAGUACCAGCUUCAGCAAUGGCGCAUAUUCCCAUAUCUGGCGGCAGCUGGUGUACUAAAACUUGCUGUAGCGGAGCUGACAGAAAUUUAUCUUGGCAUCAUUGAAAGAUCCCAGAAAGAUUCUAAUGGAUUUGAGUUUUUGACCCAAAUUGUGUCCGAAAUUCAUGCAGUGAUCUCUUCAUCGAAACCCCUGCUUACAUGGACUGCAAGAGAUGCUAUUCAAGAAGCGAGAGAAGCUUGCGGUGGUCAUGGUUAUUUAAAAGCUUCCAAACUAGGCGAUCUGCGUAACGAUCACGACCCAAGUGUCACCUAUGAAGGCGACAAUAAUGUGCUCGGACAACAAGCAUCCAACUGGCUUCUGCGACAAUGGAAUAGCACAGUUGAAAGUCCAGUGGGCACUGCAAAUUUUUUGAAAAAUCGUGAUGAUAUUCUGCAAUACACCUACGAAAAGGUGGCGCAAGAAACGCCAAUUGAAUCUAUGGAUUUCGCUCUGCAAUGCUACGAGUGGAUGUUGUGUUAUCUACUGGAGAAAACAGCGAAUCGUGUGGCUGAAGACAUAAAAGCCGGAGCACAUCGUUUUGAUGCUCGCAAUAACUCUCAGGUGUAUGGCGCGCGCGAUUUGUCAUUGGCUUAUGCGGAAUAUUUCGCGCUAAGUCGUUUCCGCGAGCGGUUCCGCCGUCUGGAAGUGAACACUGAAUUGUCGCAAGUACUGGAACUGCUCUUCGCCAUCUAUUCAAUGUGGUGCAUUGACCAUCACAUGACCACCUUUUAUGUGGGCGGAUUUGCAAAGUCAGCCUCGUUUGCCGAAGCGAUACGUGCACGCCUGCUUGUUAAAUGUAGCGAACUGAAGGACUCGGCAGUAUCGGUAGCAGACGCAUUGGCGCCGCCUGAUUUUGCACUUAAUUCGAUCAUCGCCAAAUCCGACGGGCUUUUGUACGACAAUUUACAAAGUGAAUUUAUGACCCAUAAGGGUGCAUUUGAGCGCCCCUCUUGGUGGAAAGAUAUUAUUAUUCCUCAGGUUAAGUCGAAGCUUUAAAAAAAAAAGUACUCCGCCGAAUGUGAAUAGGCAAACAUAUUGCAUUUUUCUAGUGUAGGGCAUUUUUACAAGAUGAAUAACUGUACUGUAGUUGAAUGUAAUGUGAGCGUGAAUCAUGAAGCUGAUUGGGUCUGUAUAGAAUAUAUAGUAUGUAUGUAAACUAUGUACGAAUAUAAUCUGUGUAAUUUAUUGGCGCACAGUCUUGUGCAAAAUAUAAGUAUAACUGAUAGAGAAAUCUAUGAUAAUGGAACGAGUAUAUGAUAUUUUUGUGGCUUCAAAUUUUUACAUACGCAAACUAUUUGAUAUGAAAAUUUAUUAAGUAAAUAUAUUUACAUACCUAAAUAUUUAUAGUAUAUAUAUAUGUAUUUAUAUCGUUUCAUAUUGAAUUAAUAUAAAAAUACUUUUAUAUAUUUAUCUAAUUGAAUUCACAAUACCACUUUGUAUUUCCUAAAUUAAUUUUUGUAUCGAUGCUACGUUGGAGUUGUUGUUGGUGUUAUGAGUUUAUUAAAAUGUAUGUAUGUAUUUUGUAGCUGUUAAAUCAUUAUAUUGAUUAAAGAUUAUAACUGAAUGAAAA